UUAUAAACCACAUAUUAGUUAUAUCAUAGGUUAUGUAACUUUUAAUGAAAAUGUUAAAGAUUGUUUGCUUGUUCAGGUUACAGCAACAAAUCUGUAGUACGAUAUCCAGAAUUCACACAGAGGGCGGUGGCGCAAGAGCCUGAUGAUCCGUCUCCCUCUAUCUCCUUCAUGGUGGUGACUUACAACAUACUGGCUGGUUGGUACAUGAGGCGAUAUAUCAGACACUACCAGGACAGCCCUGCUGAGACUUUGAACUGGCGCUUCAUAAGAUACACCAUCACAAACGAGAUCAAAGCUGAAGGACCAGAUUGUUACAGCAACAAAUCUGUAGUACGAUAUCCAGAAUUCACACAGAGGGCGGUGGCGCAAGAGCCUGAUGAUCCGUCUCCCUCUAUCUCCUUCAUGGUGGUGACUUACAACAUACUGGCUGGUUGGUACAUGAGGCGAUAUAUCAGACACUACCAGGACAGCCCUGCUGAGACUUUGAACUGGCGCUUCAUAAGAUACACCAUCACAAACGAGAUCAAAGCUGAAGGACCAGAUUUUCAUGCAGAAUGGAAGUGUUCCACAUUUCGAAGAGAGGGUAGAUUUUUAAUUGACCAGGUCGUCGGACGAGAUCGUGUUAAAGGUAUGGACCUGUUGGACAGCUACAAGGGAAGGGUUAUCCUACUGUGGAAGAGCUCCACAUUUGGAGGGGUAAUGUAA